AUGGAAUCCGAACUCACCCCACGCAGUCGAGCCUUCAGGUGGCCCUCUCAUCAUUUUAGAGAAAGGAAGAAAACCUUAAGGGGGAAUGGGAUGAAUGUGUUGCAGUAUGUGACUCAAUUUUCUAGCAGCCGGGUUGUUCUCUGCAAUUCGGAGGUCAAUAUGUGUAAUCUGCAAUUCGAAGUGAAUUGUUCGAUACAUGAGGUUGGGGUUUUGUUCGUGACGUUCGGCGACCCGGGCUCUUUGGCGGCAAUCGGUGGGGUUAGGAUUGCAAGCAAGAUCCGUAUGCGAUUGCAGAGAAGGGAAUAUGUGUGUGCUGGGUAG